AUGUCAGGACUUGAGGCCCUUGGGGUUGUUGCCAACAUAUUCCAAGUCAUUGGCUUCGCUGCGGAGACAGUUCGACUCUGCAAAGCGAUCUACGACGGCAGCGGGAUUGACAAACACCUCGAGGAGUAUGCCACCACUUUGAAAACGUUAUCGUCAGAUGUUCAGAAUCAUUACCACACGCGCCAAUCCCGCGGUCCCGACGAACGGAAGCUCGAAGAUGUCGCGAGAAAAUGCAACGUUGUCGCUCGGGCACUGGACGAGGAAGUUCGCUUCAUAAUUGGCUGCCAAGGGCAAGGCAAGCUCGCCGCUACGAUUCGCACCGCGGCCAAGGCGACGUGGCGGAAGAAUCGAUUGAAGAGGCUGGAGAAAUCACUGGCCGAGUACCGAGACAUGCUGGAAUCACAUUUGCUUGUACGAGUGUGCAAACAAAGCGAUGCCAUAAAACUCCAGCAAGAUGCUGGCUUCGCCAACCUCGACCAAUCCCUACGUCUAUUCGUUAGCCAGUACGCAUCGGGCCACAAGAGUCUCUCGGAGUUAGUAAACACACGAAUUGAUACGAUGAUGGAGCACACGACACGGGAAGCACGACAAACCACAACGGCGGUUUUACGGCACGUCACUACGGUGGUCUCCAGGGCAGAGAAGGUGCUUGCAGACCGUCUGGCGACUGAAGCUGCGAAGAUUGCCUGUGAUGCUCAGAGGAGACACGACUCGUCCGUAACAGAGGAUCAACGACAGCGGUUUCUCCGAAGCCUUAAAUUCGCCACCAUGAAUGCGCGACGAAAUCACAUUGUUGACUCCCACGAUGGAACUUUCAAGUGGAUCUUCCCAUCGCGACAGAUACCCGAAGGCCCAAGCAGAGACAGCCCGUCGGGGACCAGUGGCGCCACUGACAGUCUUUGGGACAACUUUGAGGAGUGGUUGCAGUCAGAGAGCAAUAUUUACUGGAUAUACGGGAAGCCCGGAUCUGGGAAAAGCACUUUGGUCAAGUUCCUCGUUUCAAGCAAUGACACUUCGACUGCACUGAAUUCUUGGCGAAGGGAAACUGUGAUAUUGUCGCACUUCUUUUGGAGACUUGGAACACAGAUGCAAAACACUCUGAAAGGGCUGCUAUGCACCUUACUUCAUCGGGCUCUUUCCGGCAACGGAGCAAUCUGCAACGCCAUAAUUGCCUCGCCAUCUUAUGGAAACAAAGAGUUUGAUGCGGACUGGUCCACUCGAGAGCUCAGGGAGUUGCUCUUAACCGUUGUUGAGGAAUACCCAUCUCCAUUGUGCAUAUUCAUCGAUGGAUUGGAUGAGAUCUGUGAGAAUGACGCAAGAGAACUGAUGAAGCUUGUCGACGACCUAAUGGCCCUUCAGAAUGUCAAGGUGUGUGUGGCAAGCCGGCCAGACGCCCCGUUCCAGCAGCACCUCGGCCAUUUCCAGCAUCUCCGGCUCCAAGACUUUACGCGGGAGGACAUGAGAAAGUAUGUCGAAGAUAUUUUCACACUUGAAAACCAGUCGGAUAACACCCUUAAUCGUAAAGAAGGUCCCUGUGCGCAGGAUAAAUUAGUAUCCUGGUUAGUCGACGAGAUUGUCUACAAGGCUGAAGGGGUCUUCCUCUGGGUUCAUCUCGUUGCACGGAGUCUCCUUCAGGGGUUGAAGAAUGGCGACACGGGAGAGGUCAUGAAACUACGCCUGCAAAGGCUACCGAGUGAACUGUCCGAGCUUUACAUGGACAUGUGGACUAGGCUCAAUGGAGACAGCGCCGUCUACCAGGGCAAGAGUCUGCUCGCCUGUUACGAAUCUUCGACGGAUGAGCAGGUCCUACGACUUGCCAUGGGGUACUUGGCAUGUUCUCACGAUGAGGAGCUUGCAACCAAAGUCUUGAGAUAUCUGCCCCUUUCCGGCGAACCCAACGUCCUUGGUCGUGACCGUUUCAUUGAAGCAUUAAUCUCACUCGGGGCUGAUCCGAAUGCCCGCUUCUCGAAUGAAAUGGUUUCGAAACAGUGUUCUGACGGCGACUCAAAGGCGCAAACCCAUAUCUCCACUUCCGCUCUGUUUGCCACCUUCGUCGCCACUAGAGAGCCCCAAUCGGACUAUUGGCUCGUGGCAUUUCGCCUUCGCACGGGUGGAUCCGUUGCUUCUGCCCAGGAGAUGGAGGAUUCAAUAGAAGCCGCUCCCAGUGGAGAUGGACUUAAGGGCGACAGCAUCGACUACUGGCGAGCCAGCGCUUCCGAUGCUGACCUUACUACUCCUCUCGGUCUGACCGACGCCGACAUCUCCUAUUUCAUUCCCAAGGUCUCCCUUGACAUCGAUGGAAUUAAACUCUACCCCGCUGCCCCGGAGGACAAGGAAUGGCCGUUCAUUACUGCCCAUGGCGAUGCCUGCUCCCUGAAGUACGGCACGAUGUGCUGUAGUAAUGGCUGCAUCGACAUCCCGGACACCAUCGAUACACCCGCCAACAUAACCACCGCCCACAUUGGAAGCAUAAACGUUGUCAUCAAGCAUCGUGACAUCGAGCCAGCGGCUGAUGCUAAGGCUCAGGAUCUCCUCUCCGCCCAAGCACUCCUCAAUGAUGUCAAAGUCUCCAUUGUAGAGGAUGCGACCAAGGCAGCUGGGAAAAUGUUUGAGUUUGCGCUUAUGGUCCUUUCCCACAGUGCUCUCAAGAAUGAAGCCGCGAGUCAGGAAAAGCCGUUCGGUCCUUUAGAUGCCCUCUCGGAGGCCGUCGCAGCUGUUGACAAGGUUUUGCCAGACAGCGAGGCCGAUUUCACCGUUCCCAUCUCCAAGCCCAAAACGCUUACUCAGUGGGUUCACAAGAUCGAUCAACUCAUUCUUGCCGCUUUUGAGAACCACAAAACAACCGUCGACGUCUUCGGCGUCCACCAACCGUCUCAGCUUCGAGCCAUGGUGAACCGAAUGCGGUGGUUCCGGUCGCUGGGUGACACAUUGGCAGUUAUGGACCUAGUCAGCCCUUCCCACAAUACUGAACUCCUCGCACGGAUGAUUCUCCAUGAUUUGGGCGCCGACGAAAGGUGCAUGGACUCCCACUUUACUCAGUUCAAUAACACAGGGAGUGCUGGUUCCAUCACUCACGGCAUUGACGCCUUUGCUGGCCAAGUCCAGCUUCACGCAAGGGAUUUCAGGGACAACAAUGGUACCACCCCGGUUCUUCUUCAGGGCGAAGACCAGCGCCACCCAACCUGGGUCCAUUUCAAACCCGGCACUCCCGCACCACUCGUUGAGACUUUCUACCAAGCUCUUGACCUGUCUGAAGGCUACAAACUCCCAGGAUUUCCCGAACUGGGUGCUUCGUAUUUCACAAAGCUCAGCCGACGCCAACGGGCCAUGAUCGGACACAUGAAGUCUAUUUCCUUCGUCCACGAACAACUGCUCCAAGGCUCGAACGACCGCGGUGCCAGAAAUUCGUCCUCAACCAUCACCAAAGCCGCCACCGAUCGGCUGUGGCACAUGUCGCACCGCGAUUUCGGCAAUCAGACGACGCCGGCCAAUCGCGUUCUAUAUCCUCGCGAGAUUACCGACCCCGGCCCUGAUAACGAUGCCGAUGUCGUAACUCAGGAGGGCGCUCCUUAUCAUUUGCUAAGGAUAUCCCAGACGCGCAGUCCUCUUUAUCAAAAUUCAUACCGAUAUCACAAGUCCGCCGGAGAAGGUACCUGGGUAUAUGUAUUCGAUAGUGGCUAUGCCCACCACACUCCAGAGGUCCGCGAGGAACUCCGCAUCGAUGACAACAAUAUACAGGACAGCUUCUUCGAGGUGCCCAUCGAGUCAUGCAUCGAUCCUGCUCUUAAUCUUCCCGAACAGAAGAUUAACCGCGCCCCCGAUAUCGACAGGUUUGAUGACUGGCAAGGCCAUGGCACUCCGGCCGCGUCACUGGCCGUGGGCACACGGUUUGGCGUCGCGAAAAAGGCAAAAAUGUUCAGUAUCAAGGUUUGGUGCAGCUGGAUUCAAAAUGGCGUAUGGGGCUUGCGAACCACCCCGGAAGCCAUGCUGAUUGGGGCCAACAAAAUGCUCGAGAGACAUCGAGAGUUCGGGCAUACGGGAAAAGCGGUAAUGUUGAUACCACAGGUGCCGGCUAUAAUAGCAGGCAGCGAAAUGGCCGAACAGCACACAACGGCAUGGAGAACCAUCCUCCUCGCAUGUCGCCACGCAGGCAUCGUCGUUGUCGCCUCCGCCGGUGCCAAUGGUGCCUUCGUGGUGACCGAUGAGGGCGGACCUGACGACUGCUUCUGGGAAACGAGUGCAGGAGAUGGCUUGCUUCGUUUCCCCGAGACCCUCGCGGGCGAGUUCCCCGAACUCAUCGUCGUGGGUGCUGCGGGGAUUGACGGAACCUACCGUAUCCAGAACUCGAGGAUCUUGGAUGAUCACCAAGACUGGGUAUUUGCUCACGGAUACCCGAUCGAAGGAAUGGCUAUUGACGGAAGUGUGCGCGACCUUCAGAGUGAUAUGUGGGCCGCACCCCUGGUAGGCGGCUUGGUUGCGUAUUACUUGGCCCACCCUCAUUGGGGGCCGUUGAUCUACUCAGCUGAAGGGAACUCGGAUGUUUCGGAUGUUCGACGCAUCGGAACUCGUGUCAAGGAGAUCCUUAAAGGGACGUCGUGGCGGCGUUAUGAACACAAUAAAGAGGAGGAUCGAUGGGCGGAUUUCAUUGCGGUCUACGGGGACGAUUGCAAUAACCUCCUCGACUUGAUCAACCAGUAUCCGGGAAUCGAAAUGGUGCCCGAUCAAGUCUUGAUGGUAUCUAAUGCCGUUGCGGGUAUUCAAAAUGCUUGCUACGCGGCUGUUCCGCCCGACACGAAUAACGGAGGCUCCGAUCUAGGAAACAUCUACGACGGUGACGACAAUGGAGCGAACGGUGGAAAUAACAGAAAACGUAACCCGGCCCAAGAUCCCCCCGCUGACCCCCUCGCCGGCCUCAACGAGACCUGCGCCAGGGCCCCGCCGGCGUGGUACACCCCCAAGCCCAGCGCGACGGCUGCUCCUCUCCCGACAAACCUCGCCGAUUGGGAGGACAUUGGCUGCAUCGACCUGCCCGAGGAUAACUUAGCCGGCCUCAAUACUACUUCGGUUAACGGCGACGUGGACCUCGACAAGUGCGCUAAGGAGUGCGCGUGCUCGCACAUGUUUGCCGCGCGGAAUGGCGAUACUUGCAGGUGUAUCAAGGAUCCGGUGCAGCUUUUCGGCAAGGUUAUGGAUGGAAAGAUGUGCGGUGUUCCGUGCUCUAAUAAUGGGCAACAGACGUGUGGUGGUGAGGGGAACGUUACGAGGGUCUAUCUUAGUCUCGUGGGUGUUGAUGCGGAGGAUGAAAGGUGCGCCGGCAAGUAA